CUCCCUCCGGCAGGCGUCGCUUGCCGCAGCAGGGCUGUGAGAAAGGAAGUGGACUCCGAUCCUCAGUUCUGCCAAGAGGCUGGGCAUCCCCGGCCCGCCCUCCCUGGGUGCCUGCGCCGCAGCGAUUGUCGGAAGGUCUCGCCCCCGCAGCACUCACCCAGGGAUGAGCCGGGUCCUCACUCUGGAAGGCGCCGGUUUGGGCCACCGCGAUUGAGCGCCGGAGCGCAGCUGGGAGGGAGCUCCGGGCGGGCCCCGGCGCAAAACUAGAGCAGUGGGCGCGCGCACAAUGGCCCCGGACCCCCCGAGACGGGAUCGGGAGUAGCGGGUGAGGAACCUGUGGGGCGUGGCCGCGGAGUCCGGGAGCAAUGAAGGAGGUGGGAAGUGGGCGGAGGUGCAGCAGGAUACGCCCGGGGCCUGGCCGGGCCGGCUGGGCUAGGGGCUCUGGAGAGGGGAGGGACGCGGCGGCGCCCGGCUGGGCUGCCCAGCUCGCUCAGCUCGCCCUGGCGGCGCGCCCCACAGGGACUCGCGGAGAGGGGAGCGGGACCUGCGGGCCUUGGGAUUCCGGGACUGCCCUCUCCGGGUUCAGGGCCAGCGGCGAGCGGCAACGACGGCUUGAGCCGCAGCGGCAGUAUGAGAGCGGGCGCCGCUGCUUCACGCCAGCGGACGCGCGGCCCGCGGCGGUGGCUAUGUCUGCGCGCGCCCUGGGGGAGCCGCGGGGGCCCGUGGCCCGCCGGCGGUGCGGGCGGCGCGGAGCCUGGGGGCUGCCUCGGCCCGCCUCGGCGCUGGCGGCCGCCGGCCUGGUGUUCACGGCUCUGGCCGCCUACGCCUGCUGGGGGCAGCUGCCACCGCUGCGCUCGGCCCCCAAAACCCCGCCGCGGCCGGUGGGCGUGCUCCUGUGGUGGGAGCCCUUCGGGAGGCGUGACAACACGGCGAGGCCGCCCCCCGACUGCCGGCUGCGCUUCAAUAUCACCGGCUGCCGCCUGCUCACUGACCGUGCGGCCUACGGGGAGGCCCAGGCUGUUCUUUUCCACCACCGAGACCUCGUGAAGGGACCCCCCGACUGGCCCCCACCCUGGGGCGUCCGGGUGCGCACGGCAGAGGAGUUGGCGUUGCGGGUGUUGGACGACGAGGAGGAAGCUGCGGCGGUGGCUGCCGAAGCCCUGGCUGUCUCUGGCCCCAGGCCCCCGGGCCAGCGCUGGGUGUGGAUGAACUUCGAGUCACCCUCCCACUCCCCCGGCCUGCGAAACCUGGAAAGUAAUCUCUUUAACUGGACGCUCUCCUACCGGGCCGACUCGGACGUCUUUGUACCUUAUGGCUACCUCUACCCCAGGACCCAUCCCAGCGACCAGCCACCAGGCCUGGUUCCCCCGCUGGCCCGGAAACGCGGGCUAGUGGCCUGGGUGGUGAGCAACUGGGAUGAGCGACAGGCCCGGGUCCGCUACUACCACCAGCUGAGCCAGCACGUGCUCGUGGACGUGUUCGGCAAGGGUGGAUCCCGGCGGCCAGUGCCUGACAUUGGGCUCCUGCACACGGUGGCCCGCUACAAGUUCUACCUGGCUUUCGAGAACUCUCAGCAUCUAGAUUAUAUCACCGAGAAGCUCUGGCGCAACGCGUUGCUGGCUGGGGCGGUACCGGUGGUGCUGGGCCCCAGUCGUGCCAAUUACGAGCGCUUUGUGCCCCGCGGUGCCUUCAUCCACGUGGACGACUUCCCAAGUGCCUCCUCCCUGGCCGACUACCUGCUCUUCCUCGACCGAAAUCCAGCUGCCUACCGCCGUUACUUCAACUGGCGCCGGAGCUAUGCGGUGCACACCAUCUCCUUCUGGGACGAGCCUUGGUGCAGGGCCUGCCAGGCUGUGCAGAGGGCCGGGGACCAGCCCCAAAGCAUAAGCAACUUGGCUCGCUGGUUUGAACGGUGAAGCCACCCUCUCCUGGAUGUAAUCCAGGGAGGCCAAAUCGUCAGCUUUUGAUCCUCUGCUGUGCAUAUCUCCUUGAGUGCCAGAUCAUGGGACUAAGCUUUCCAAACACCCAAUUUUACUCUAUGGGAAGAAAGUGAUUUACCAAUUAAUAUUAUUUAGCACAAAGACUGGGUGGUAAGGAUCCCUGGUUCUCAUGUUUUUUCCUGCAACUAGCAGUUGGGCUCCCUCUGCUGUUGAUUGAUGGGCAUGAGUGUUCUGGGGUGAAGGGGGUCCUUCCUCAACCAGUGCAGAGGUGAAGAAAGAGCUUAAUGACAAGAAACUGUGGGGGCAGUUGCUGUGAAUUUCUUCAUCUGCCACAGGUCAUAUUUGUGGCCUAUGCUGAACCGAGUCCAAAUCUCGUACACUCUGCUCCUCGACUCACAUUUCACUGAGCCAAUGUGCAGCAAACCCCUGGUUUUAGAAAGAGCCUUGUUGCAGGAUAGUGGAAGGACUGUGGCCACAAGGGGAUCUUUCUUGGUUGGAUUCCUCAAAGCCCCAGCUCCUAAGAAAGGUGAGGAGGGUCGUCCAAGAAUCCACUGACUGUUCCUUAACAAGUACCGUUUGUUCCCCUGCCUCAUGAAUGGAAAUAAGAUGCUGGAUUGCCCUCGGAGAAGAGUUCGGAUGAAUAUAUGUGUAUAAGUGUACCUCACUUUACACAGAUAUACCGUAUUUUGCUGUGUAUAGUGUGCACCAUUUUACCCAAACUUGUGAGGGAAAAAUAAGGAUGCGCAUUAUACAUGGGUAGUACUGAUUCCAUUUCCCUGAAAGUUUGGGCCAAAAAACAGGUGCACAUUAUACACGGCAAAAUACGGUAUUCCUGAAAAGCUGCUUUUCAAUCAAAUCCCAAAUUCACUGCCCUAGGGGAGUUCAAUAUUUAAUCAAACCCUAUGGAGAAUCCCUUCACAAUGUGAAUGAUCACCUCCUAACUAAUUUCUUCUGUGUCUGUUUUUCCAUAAUCUCGAUGUUUUUAAAAAGCGCAUUAAUAUUACAGAUGUGAACAUAAACUGGAAGCAACCUUCUUCCCUCUUCCCAGAAAACCAGACUGUGUUUACAAACAGAAGAGAAAGAAGCCACAGUGUCACUUUCCACAAAAUCACUUAUUUUGUGUAUUUAUUGGACUCGAAAUUUAAACUGCGGUGUUAGUCCUUCAAGGGUGUUUGCAUUACCUGUCUGCAGAACAAUGAAAGGUAUUGUGCUGUAUUGUGGAAUCAUGCAAAAGGAAAAGAUUCCUUGUGUCUGUUGAUGGCAGUUUUUUGUUUCUCUGUCAGUUUUUUUGUUAAGUGUUUAGUUGCUAGGGAAUGGAACUUAAAUUAGUGCCUGCGAUGAACUUUGUCUUUGGUAAAGGGUAAAUCUGCAGUUCUCUGUGGGGCCAGCAGGCUUCCCCCCUAGUCUGCAUAGUAUUACGUAAUACUCUCUUCAUUUCUAGUGCCUUUGAGACUGUGCCAUGGGACCAACUCUGAAAAUAUACGCAUUGACUUUAGAAGUUGUUGAAUGACCAGUAUAUUCCGUAGGGGUUACUGUGUGCCUACUCCGUGCUAAACACUGGGCUUGGGGUACCACAGGAAAGACAAAAAUGUGUAAAACAAGGUCCCUCUCAUUAAGGCUCUUACAAUCAACCACUGUGAACCAGUAAAUAGUGAUCUGAUAAAUCAAUUGGCGGAAUCUGUUUGUGUAAAGUGACAUUCAUAGUGAUACAGACCGUAAAUGAAUUAUUAGAAAGCCAGUUGAUUUACAGCCUGAAAUAGUUUAUUUUUCUCCUUGAUUUAUUAUAAUAAAGACCCUCAAUGAUUAAUUAUUGUGGGUAGGGUCCAAGAUUAUUUGUUUUAUACAGAGUUUUGCUGUAAACAGUAAUUUUGCAUUUGAUUACUACAAUUAGCUGAAUCAAAGUUUUAUCUCUGCAUUUGUUACAGACUCACUUAAAUCGAAAAAGUGCUUCAAUCCUCUUGUAUCCUUAAAAGGAGAAAUUAAAAUCCAUGGACAAAAUUUACUUAUUAAAAUAUUACAGCAUGGGCAGAAUUACAAUGACAAAGUAUCAGCUAUUCAGUAAAGAAAAGGAAAAAUUCUAUUCUUAAAAUGAGUAUUUAUGAGAUAUUGGCCAAUGACGUUGGUGUUCCUGAGAAUCUACAUGGGGCAGUGGGAGAGAGUUUGGGUUUUGAAGGUAAUCUGGCUCAGAUUUGAAUUCCAGCAGUGUGACCUUGGGCAAAUUAGUAAUAACUCUGAGCCUCAGCUCCCUUAUGUGUAAAAUGGGGGAGAAAAAUACUUCACAGCUCACAGCAUUUCAGGAAAUAAAAUAGGUAAAGGUGCCUAACACACGGUCACUCAACUGAUGAGAGAUUUUCUCCUUUCCAUGCAGUGAUUUUAGGCUGCUGCCAUAUCCAUUUAUAUGUUAAAAAUUAAAGCUCAAGGUAUGUUACAGAAUAUAUCUAAAAUAAAAGGAAGGUCCUUUUAUAAUGUACAUCAAAAUGAAUCCCUAAAGCUAAGCUAUAUUAUUUCAACAAUCAUCAUUGCCAUUUAGAUUGAGUUUGAAUUUGCAAACUAGGAGGAAGCACCUGUUUUCUUUGAAAAUCAAUUUUUUUGUCUUUGUUUUGGUUAGGUUAUAUAGUUAAAUAAGUAACUGUUGUUUUACUAAUGCUCUUCUUAGUAUUAAGUCUAUUUGGCAUGAGGAAGGUAUAAUUGCAUUUUUUAUUUGCAAAUUUUGGGCAUAGAACAAACACUGUUUUUCCAGGCUAAUAUUCUCAAAGACCAAGAAAAAUAUGGCAAUUGCUUAUUUUAUAUUAUUUUUCAUAUCAUUCUAAAUUGAGUAGGUUAAAAUUUCACAUAUGUUGAUAUAAGAUGCAUAUAAAUGCAUAUAGAUUUCAAAAUGUCUUUCCACUGAUUGCCACGCCCUUCCUUUAAGACAUAAACUUUUCUUAUAAAUUUAUUACAGAUUUAAUACUUUUAGCCCUCGGUGACUCUAAUUACAUGACUGCACCUGGAAUGAUAUUUGCAUCAGGAAGACAGUCUGACUUGAUUUCGGUAUUCACAAGUUUUUUCCAGUUUCCGAGCCCUUCCCUGGCUUGGAAUUUAGAGGAGACAGGGUGGUUUCAUGGAUAGAGCUUGCAAUUUGGAGUCAGAACCUGAGUAUGUGGUUCUGCCACUUUCUGCCCCUGUGGCCCUUAUUAGUCAGGGCCUACUUCAACUCUUUGAGUUUUAGCUUCCUCCUUUAUAAUGCAUGAAUGCCCCUACAAGGAUUAAAUAUGAUGAUGUAUGCCAAGGUGUUUUGUAAAGCACUGUACAGUUACAGGAUGCUCUAAAUUUUCCAGGCUCUAGAAGAGGGGUUGGCAUACUUUUUCUGUAAACAGUCGGAGAGUAAGUAAGUACGCGUAUUUCAGGCUUUGCAGGCCAGUAGUCUCACCAAUCAGCUCCACUGUUUCAAAAGCAGCCAUUGACAAAACAGAAACAAAUGGGGUGACUAGAUUUGGCCCACGGGUUGUAGUUCAUCAACUCUGCUCCAGACUUUUAGAGAUGUAAGGAAUUGGAGAACUUAACCUGAUGGGGGAUUCUUAGAGAAGGGAUUUAAGGUUGGGAUUUUAAAAUUUUGGAGGCAGAUAUUCCUGGGUUCCUAGACCAGCUUUGCACAUUUCCUAAUUGUCGUAUCUCGGGCAAAUUAUUUAAGAUUUCUGUGUUUUGAUAGUCUCAUUUCUAAUUGAAGGUAAUUAUAUUCAAGAAGGAGGUAUUGGGAGAAUUAGAUAAGACACUUAACUCAGUACAAUGUCUGGCACGUAGGAAUCCCCUGGACGAUGUCAGCUGUGAUACUCACUAGUCCAUUUUACAGAAGAAGCAGCUGAGGUCCUGACCCAUUGAAGGCCUUGCCUAAGGUGACAGUAGUAGUGGCAGAACCAGCCAUGCUUGUGCAAGUCACAACUGCUUUGAGCCUCUGUCACUUAAAUUGCAAAAGGAGGGAGUUGGACAAAAUUUUCCCUUAAAGAACUAAUUCACCUCCCAAUGUGCCUUCCUCAGUCUGGAAAUGACUUACUACACAGCACUAGUAAAUGGGAGAAAACCACACACCAGAGAGGGAGACUGAUUUAGCAUAUAUAUAUAUAU